AUGGAAAAUUAUGAGGCGUUUGUAGGCUCUGACCUCUGUAAGAUACCACUGUCCAGUGCUGCGCAGAAGAUUAUGUCUGCUAUGCAUUCAGGUGGUUUAGUGGAAUCUGAGAACUGGAGAGAGAGUGAAAAGACUGCAGAUGUCGUAGAGAAAUCCAGUGUUAAGUGUUCAGCACUACUUGAAGAUGGAAAGACUCAAUCACUGGAAAAAAAGAAUCUUAAUUUGCUUACGAGCCAGCCGUCAGGAGUUUCCAUCAAGUUCUGUCCUCAGUCCUCUGGUUUGAGAGUCACAGGUCAGCUGUCUGCCAACCAAAACCAGAAGGGUAUCAGCUCAUCGGCUCCAUCAAGGUGUUCAGUUCCACAGUGUGACCAACAGGCCUCGGUUCUACAGAAAAUGGAACGUAAAAGAAAACACCUCCCAAAGGAAAACAUAACUAAUGAAAACAACAGAGAAAGCGUGAAUCUUACAGGAAACCACGUCUCAUGUGACAAUUCAUCAGCAAAAAGAAGUAAACUUGUGAUAUUGGAAGAAGGUGCUGGUGAGGUCGAAACCUACCUCAGUCCCAGGCACCCAAAGGCGUUCACAACUGGUUUUUGUGACAUUAGACAUUUGGAUGCUUCGGAGCAAAGCCAGCUGAUUGAGGUGCUCAAGCAGGCAGGCACCGUGGUGGUGACUCUGGUGCAUGAGGACGGCUCCACCCAGCUGAGAGCUGACCAGGCUCUGGUUUCCUCUGUUAAAGGCAUUGUGAUGUUACUGAGGAGCCAUCCAGAGGAAGGCAGCAGUCCUCUGACCGCCCCAGCCUCCGACAGUGUUCCAGAGGACACGCCCAGUGAUCAGUGUAUCUACAUAAAAACUGAGCACUCCCCUAUCUGGGGCCAAGAGCAAGAGGCACAUCAUCAAUUUGCCAAGAAUGUGCUGCUUGAAGUACUGAAAUGUAAACGCCCUGUUAUUUGCUUUAACGCAAAGGAUUUUGUGAGGACAGCGCUGCAGCUGAUCGGUGACAAUGGCAGUUGGAAGUGUGUUGCUGACUUUGUAGGGCUAGAUCCCAGAAUUGCUGCGUGGCUGAUAGAUCCUACUGAUGCCGCACCCUCUUUUGAAGAUUUAGUGGCAAAGUACCUGGGAAACCCCACCACACUCACAGUCAACAGCACGGAUGGAAAUUCCUCAAGAAAGACUGUGAAUCAGACUGUCCGUGCGAACCUGAGGGUGCUCCACAGACUGACGAUGCACCUCUGCUCCCAGCUGCAGGUUUGUGGUUUAUGGCAGCUCUUCCAGACUUUGGAGCUUCCUCUGAUACCGAUUUUGGCAGUGAUGGAAAGCCACCGCAUUCGGGUGAACAAGGAGGAGAUGGAGCGGACGUCAGCGCUUCUCGGGUCUCGCCUCAAGGAACUGGAGCGAGAAGCCCAUUUUGUUGCAGGAGAACGGUUUCUUAUCACGAGUAAUCAUCAGCUUCGAGAGAUCCUGUUUGGCAAGCUGCGGCUGCACCUGCUGUGCCCACAGGACACACUUCCCACGACGGGGCUGCGGAGACUCCCGUCCACGUCGGAAGCUGUGUUAAAUGCUCUGCAAGACCUUCAUCCAUUACCCAAAAUAAUUUUGGAAUACAGGCAGGUUCACAAGCUCAAGUCCACCUUUGUAGAUGGACUGCUAGCCUGCAUGAAAAAGGGCGCCGUAUCCUCCACGUGGAACCAGACGGGCACUGUGAGUGGAAGGCUGUCAGCGAAGCACCCGAAUAUCCAAGGUAUCUCCAAGCACCCAAUUCAGAUAACUAAACCUCAAAAUUUUAAAGGUGACGAGGACGAACUCAGCAUCUCCCCAAGGAUGGCGUUUGUUUCAUCCGAAGGCCACACCUUCCUGGCAGCAGACUUUUCGCAGAUUGAAUUGCGCAUUCUUGCACACUUAUCUGGGGACCCAGAACUUUUGAAGUUAUUCCAGGAAUCUGAGAGAGAUGAUGUAUUUUCCACCCUGACUUCACAGUGGAAGGACAUCUCCCCAGAGCGCGUGACGCACGCAGACAGGGAGCAGACCAAGAAGGUCGUGUACGCGGUGGUCUACGGAGCAGGGAAGGACCGGCUUGCUGCUUGCCUCGGAGUUCCUGUUCAGGAAGCUGCCCGGUUUUUGGAGAGCUUUCUGCAAAAGUACAAGAAAAUAAAGGACUUCACCCAAGCAACCAUUGCUCGAUGUCAGCAGACAGGCUACGUGGAGUCCAUCAUGGGCCGCAGGAGGCCACUGCCCAGGAUCCAAGCUCACGACCCGCAGCUUCGGGCACAGGCGGAGCGGCAGGCAGUGAACUUCGUGGUGCAAGGCUCGGCUGCCGACCUCUGCAAGAUGGCCAUGAUCCGCGUCUUCACGGCUGUGGCCACGUCGCCUACCCUGACGGCCAGGUUGCUUGCCCAGAUUCACGAUGAGCUGCUGUUUGAAGUGGAGGAUUCACAGCUUCCUGAGUUCACGGCCCUCGUCCAGGGAACCAUGGAGGCCCUGCAGCACGUGCCGGCGCUGGAGCUGCAGCUGCAGGUGCCCCUGAAGGUGAGCCUGAGUGUGGGCCGCUCGUGGGGACACCUGGUGCCCCUGCAGGGGGCCCCUGGCCCCACCAACAUCCUGCCGAGUCUCCAAGCAACAGCUGGGCCCCCGCCAGCCCUGGAGCGCCAACCCCCGCGCCUGCAUUUUUUCCCUUCAUUCGGUCCGUAG